AUGGCCCAGCCAGCCCACAGCAUCUGCUCUACCUUCGGCCUCCAGUGCUGCCUCCUCUUCCUUCUGGCUCCCUGGGAGGCAGGAGCUGCCACAAUUCAGGAACUUCAGAAACCUGGUGAAUCCUCAACAUCUGCUCAUUUAGUCCCCACUCCCAUGCCAAGCCUCAGUCACAGUUCUGCCUCUGACCAUGUUGCUCUUCGUUCGGGACACAGUCCUCCAGGCCUCCCUAAAUCUACAGAAACUCAAAAGCCAAAACGCCAUUGCAACUCCACACGUCAUUCCAAGACAAUUCACAAACCUACAGAUAGCCCCCAAAAUACUACUAUUCAUCUUGAAGUUCCUUCCACUUCUGACCAAAACUCCACCAGUCAAAGAAAAGACCCAUUUAUUCGAAAUGAACGCUCCACUGACACUUCCAAUACGCAUAAAGAAUCCUCUGAUCCAACCAUAUGGAUCAUGGGAAACCGAUCACUCAUGGGAUGA